UAUCCAUCAUCAGGAUGACCGGCAGCGCUAUAGACAUCUGUUAAAUGAACCAUUUCUGCAUUUGUUAAUCAAAUGCCGAAGGUUUUAGCACACCUUGUUCCCUUGCUUUUACGCAUUAUUAUUACGUAUAUAGAUGGCCGGAAUCCAGAAAGAAGAUGCUCACGAGCAGACAUGUGUAUCAACAAGAUAUGAUUCCUUUCCAAAAGAGAUAGUCAAGUUGCUUCAAGACCAAGUGGCAGUAGAAGAUGCAGAUGAAUUCUUGGAUGGCAUGUUUAAUUCUCAACCCCAAGUUGUGGAAGAGAAUUAUGAUUUUGUUGACGGGGAACCAGCUCCUCAUUUCAUCCGCACAAUAACGGGGGACUUGCUCCUGAUGCCACAUCAAACUCUUUGCUGUGGUCAAAUUGUCUCUGAGGCUGCUCUUACAAGACUGGAAACCGACCAGUGCCCGUUUUGCCAGAAGGAGGGAAUGAAUACUACACUGGACAAGCAUUAUCAGCGUCAAGUUCGUGAACUCCAGGUCUUCUGCUCUCAUCGAAACAGAGGUUGUGAGUGGACAGGCGAGGUGUCGUCUUUACAUGCCCAUGCCAAGUGUUGUGUCAAAAAAGAUUCCCCUAUAAUCCAACAACUAGGAGUUGGAAUCCUACUCGUGGAAAAUGCAGUUGUGGUACUGGACCAACUCAUCCCACUGACCAACUUUUCGCACCAACUUGGAAUAGCACUGGAACUACCUAAAGAGGUUGUAGAUAAAAUCCAUGCAGAACACCAAAGAGCACCUGAUCGUCUCCGGCACAUAGUUCUAGAAUUUUUAAGCAGCACCCAGCCACUUCCAACAUGGACAGCCAUCAUUGAAGCACUUCAGGCCCCAGGGUUGAACCGAUUUAAACUGGCUGAGAAGAUAAAACAGAAGUUUUUAACCCCAGUGGACACAAAUGCAGCCAUUGCAGAAAUAACACCGCAAACUGAAGAAUCAUUAGAAGAUGCACAUUUCCGGAUGCCUGACAAUGCAGCAGCAAUGACAGGGGUUAGACUUGGUUUUGGAACCUAUUCUGACAUGUUGGAGGUUACAUACAAAGGCAGAAAAUAUGCUGCUAAAAUAUACAGAGAAAUAGAAUCCGAAGCAGUUAUAGCAUCAUUUUGUCGAGAGCGUCAAAUUCUCUCAAUAAUCCAACAUCGUAAUAUAGUAUCUUAUUACGGCACAUGUAAUAUAAGGGGUGGAGAUACUACAGCAAUAGUUAUGGAACGGAUGGAAAAGAACCUAAGCAUUCAUCUCAAAAAUUGCAAAUUAGUGGUUACACAAAAGCUUUCUCUUUUGAAUGAUGUUGCACAAGGCCUUGCUUUCCUUCAUUCGCAACGACCACCAAUUGUGCAUAGAGAUCUAACUGCUGCAAAUAUCCUUUUGGAUUCAAGAAUGGUUGCAAAGAUCGCAGACUUUGGAAAUUCUGUGCUGAUCGAUAAUGAAACCCCCUGCCUACUCACACCUUUUCCUGGUACCACCGACUACAUGCCUCCAGAAGCUGCAGAUGGUGAUUACAGUGAGAAGCUAGAUGUGUUUUCGUUUGGUCAUCUUUCAAUUUAUGUUUUAAAUCAGCAGCAACCAUGCCCACUACUUCAAUGCACUUAUGUAAAACAGGGAGAGGUGUUCGGGCGCUCCGAGAUAGAGAGACGCAAGCAAUAUCUCGACAAAGUCAUCGAAUAUUUAGAUAGGGAAGAUAAGACCUUUUUGUAUUCCACUCUCAGCAGCUGCCUUCAAAAUGAACCGAACUUACGACCGUCGACUAAAGGUAUUAUUGACAGUGGUGUGCUUUCAGUCGAGAAACACUAGCAUUAUGUCACUAUAGUCAAAAACACCUGUAAAGUGUAAAUUGUCUCCGUAUAAUAUCAGAUGACCCUCCUACAAACUGUAUUGUGUAUGUAUCAUGUGCUUGCAUGUGCGGAGUGAGGAGUUUACUGUUUAGUCAACAUCCACAUUAAAACUCUUUGGAGCCCAAAGCCACUGUAAUAAUAACGUAACACAAUAAUUUGGGCCCCAAAGAUCUCAAAAGACAAACAAUG